UAAUCCAGUGUUCAAAAUUGUGAAUAAAAAUGUCAUCCUUGUACAAAAUAAAACGCUAGUUGAAAUAAAAUUAUGGUGUGUAUUGUUGAAACGGCAUGACUGUGCACAUAAGCAAUUGUGAAACGGAUUUAUGAUUUGAGUGUUUGCCGUUAAUGUUUUGUUUUAACGAUUACCGGCUAAAUUGCUUGUAUCACUCACUAGUAUGAGUGCUAUCAACAGGUGUACUCAGUGAUAAGCCCAGCCCACACAGUGGUAACUGUCAGUCGUGUAGGUGUGUGUAGUGUGGCCACAAUGCUGCCUGUACCAAUGGGAAUCAUAAAUGUCAUCAAUCCAAAAUCCAUGUUCGACACGGUUGAAUUAUUCGUUAAAUGGCGUACAUCUAAACCCGAAAUGGUGGAAACAACGACUCGGACGUUUCUUCUCAACGAUGGGGAACACUUGGAGUCAAGCGUGUUCAAACUAAAGAAAGGAUGGUGGGUUGAACUGCGACUCGGGCCGACGCUGUUUGGGCGAAGGGUCACGGUCUACACGAAUUUACCGGAAGAGGGAAAACCGUUUUCACGUAAGCAGUAUCGUGCAUUAACUUGGAGCACUUCAUCUUCAGAUGAUACAGCCAAGUAUUGUCGUCUACAUCUCACAGCACCUGGUUCCUACCAUUAUUACUUCCACUAUGAUGAUAGUGAUACGAAGAGAGGUUCCGGUUACAUUCUGGUGGAGCCGACCUUGAGUGCUGGAGGGGAGGAGGUGACCUUGGACUGUGUGCAAUGUGUGACAUAUAUCGCCAAACUGCUGGGGCCCUUCGACACCUGGGAGAGCAAACUGAGGGUUGCCAAGGAAACUGGCUACAAUAUGAUUCACUUUACACCUAUACAGGAGUUGGGUGCCUCCAACUCGGCGUACAGUUUGCAGAAUCAGCUGGGCUUGAACCCGUCAUUUGCUGUCAACGGGCACACCCCUGACAUUCACGAGGUGGAACAGCUGACCAACAAACUCAGGAAUGAAUGGAAGAUGUUGACCAUCUGUGACAUCGUGCUGAACCAUACGGCCAACGAGAGUCCAUGGCUCAGAGAACACCCAGAAUGCACCUACAACCUGGUUAACUGUCCUCACCUGAAGCCUGCCUACCUGCUGGACCUCACUCUCUACAAGUUCUCGCUGGAGGUGGCCAAAGGGAUGUGGGAGUUUUCAGGCGUUCCACCGGCCGUCAAUUCCGAGGAACAUCUGCAGGCAAUCCGUCACGCAAUGUUUGGAACAAUACUACCUCGAGUGCGCAUCCCUGAGUUGUACCUGCUGAAUGUGCACGCCAUUGUAGAUGAGUUCCAACGACUGGCACGCAACCGUGUGCCUCCCCUUCCCACCUCAAACCCCCCAGACUACUCCCAGCUCAAGCUUGUGCCAGAUCCUCAGUUCCGUAGACUACACGCCACUGUAGACCUAGAACUGGCCCUGCGGCUCUUCAAUGUCUAUAGGAGUGACUGUUUUGAUGAGGACACCCGAUUGCGAAGAUGUACGGAAGAGUUCAAGAGGAAGCUGGAGGAGCUGAACGAAGCUGUAAACCACAAGAUACAAGGUCACCUGGUGGCAGCUGUGGAGAACUGUAUUGCAGGCAUGCGCUACUUCCGGGUACAAGGCGACGGGCCCAGGAUACCUGAAGUGACGGCAAAAGAUCCACUUGUUCCCAGAUACUUCACUGACGCUGACGAGUCGCUAAGUGAAGAUGUCAUGUACUCUAGCAACGCUUGCUACGUGAUGGCGCACAACGGCUGGGUCAUGAACGCUGAUCCUCUCGCUAACUUCGCUAGUCCCGAGUCCAACAUUUAUCUGCGGCGUGAGCUGAUCGCUUGGGGUGACAGUGUGAAGCUUAGAUAUGGAGAGAAGCCAGAAGACUGCCCAUUCCUGUGGCAACACAUGCAAGCGUAUGUGGAUCAAAUGGCUCAGACGUUCGAUGGAAUCCGCUUGGACAACUGUCACUCCACACCUCUCGUUGUUGCCGAGUAUUUGCUAGACUCAGCCCGGAGAGUAAGACCAAACUUGUUCGUGGCCGCCGAGUUGUUCACCAACUCUGAUCAAACCGACAAUAUUUUUGUCAACCGACUUGGCAUAACGUCUCUCAUCAGAGAGGCAAUGUCUGCCUGGGACUCUCACGAACUGGGAAGGCUAGUGUAUCGUUACGGUGGGGUGCCAGUGGGGGCCUUCCUGCCCCGCCCUGACCGACCCUUGGCUGGAGGCGUGGCCCACGCAUUGUUCCUGGACCUGACCCAUGACAAUCCCUGCCCGCUGGACAAGCGCAGUGUGUUUGACAGCUUGCCAAGUGCUGCACUGGUCGCCAUGGCCUGCUGCGCUUCCGGUAGCAACAUGGGCUACGAUAUGCUUGUCCCACACCAUAUCCAUGUGGUGGAUGAGUCUAGAGAGUACUUGCCAUGGGCAGACGACGCAGUAAACAUCAACACAGGCAUCGUCGCUGGAAAGAGAGCCCUCAACAACCUACACUAUCAGCUGGGAAAGAAUGGAUUUGAUCAGGUAUUUGUGGACCAAGUAACAGAGGACGUGGUGUGUGUGACUCGACACUCUGCCACCUCCAGAGAGACUGUGGUGUUGGUGGCCUUCACAGCGUUUCAACACCCCCACCCUGACAAGAAUGUGGUGGGUCGUGGUGUCACCGUCUCUGGCAACGUGGAUUACAUCAUACUGGAGGCCUCUCUCGCACACAGUUCGGCAGAGAAAUUCAGCAGGCCAACUCAGUUUGAAAAGGAUCCCAAGAAAAUCAACGGUUUGACAGAAUACGAGCUGAGCUUACGGGAGAACUUCAAGCCGUCCGAGACAACCAUGCUGGAGAUCAUCCCCAGUGGUGACGGUGGGACGCGGCUAAACUUCACAAACAAGUUCAAGCCUGGAUGUGUCGUUGCCGUCAAGGUGGUGCCACAGCCACAGGUGCGCCCGGCACUGCAGAAACUGAGUCUGGUGCCGGACAUGCAGCACGUUGUGGCAAGCCUGUCCCUGGCCGACUGUAAUCGAGUCCUGUUCAAGUGUGACAAGGAGGAUGCUGCCUACGACAUUCCUGGCUUCGGGCCCCUCGUUUACUGUGGUCUGCAAGGUAUAGUGUCGCUGCUGUCAGAGAUAUCACCGAAGAAUGACCUUGGCCACCCUCUGUGUGGUAACCUGCGCGGGGGGAUGUGGCUGUGCGACUAUACAGUGGGGCGACUACAGCUAGACCCAGGUACGCGACAGCUGGGUGACUGGCUGCAAGUGAGACUUGCGCCUCUCGCAGAUGUUCCCCACUUUCUGCGGCCCUCGUAUUUCGACCUGGUCAUCACGCAAGUGUACGACGCUGUUGUUGAUCACACCUACCACCUCAUGAACAGAUUUGUCAGUGACGGUUCAUCGUUUGUGAAGGCACUGUCACUGGGCAGUGUGCAGUGUGGGGGGGUGCAAGCAGAUGCCCCCCUGCCUCCUCUCUCAGCAGCCCUGGCUCCCCCCCUGCCCCCCACACGUACACUACCUGGGGGAGAGACUAAACAGGCCUGCGUCACUCUGUCUGCUGGGUUGCCUCACUUUUCCAACGGCUACAUGCGGAACUGGGGAAGAGACACGUUCAUCAUCGCUCUUCCUGGUCUUUUUCUGCUUACUGGGAGAUAUGAUGAGGCCAGAUUCAUCAUCCUGGCUUAUGCCGGUUGUCUCCGGCAUGGCCUCAUCCCAAAUUUGCUGGACGGUGGGGUCAACGCUCGCUUCAACUGCCGAGAUGCUGUUUGGUGGUGGCUGUACAGCAUACAGUGCUACGUGCACAGUGCUCCUGGUGGCACGAACAUCCUGCGUGACACAGUCAACAGGAUCUAUCCACGUGAUGACUCCGAGCCCACGUUUGUUGACCAACCACUUUAUGAUGUGAUACAAGAAGCGAUGCAAGUUCACUUCCAAGGGCUUUGCUUCCGAGAGCGAAAUGCCGGUACGAAGAUUGACGCUCACAUGACCAACCAGGGCUUCAACGUACAGAUCGGAGUACAUCCCAAGACAGGGUUUGUGUUUGGCGGUAACGAGUGGAACUGCGGCACCUGGAUGGAUAAGAUGGGUUCAAGUGAUGCAGCUGGGACGCGAGGCAAGCCGGCUACACCGCGUGAUGGUUCGGCUGUGGAGUUGGUCGGACUGUGCAAGGCAGCGGUACGCUUCUUGGCCCGCAUGUACCGGGAGGGACACUUCCCCCAUAGCGGUGUCACCAGAACCAACAAGGAUGGGAGCCAGACUUCAUGGAGGUAUGAGGAAUGGGACGCUAGGAUCGCCAACAACUUUGAGUCACAGUUUUGGGUCCCCUCGGCUCCGACGGCAAGCGAGGAGAGACCCGAUCUGGUAAACCGGCGCGGCAUCUACAAGGACUCAGUGGGAGCCACCCAGCCCUGGACGGAUUACCAGCUGCGACCCAACUUCACCGUCGCCAUGGUCGUGGCGCCAGAGCUGUUUCUGACGAGCAACGCCUGGCAAGCACUGAAGGUGGCCGAGGAACACCUGCUGGGACCCCUGGGGAUGAAGACAUUGGACCCUAGCGACUGGGCAUACUGUGGGGACUACAACAACGACAACCAGUCCUCUGAUCCUAAGGUCGCUCAUGGAUUCAACUAUCACCAAGGACCGGAGUGGGUCUGGCCAAUAGGGUUCUUCUUGCGAGCACGCCUUCACUUCGCUGAGCUGCAAGGAGGUGCAGGGUGUCUGGCACGUACUAUUGCGCACACACAUGCCAUUCUUGCACGUCACUACAGCUACCUACAAAACUCCCCUUGGCGUGGACUACCAGAGUUGACUAACAGCAAUGGUACAUUCUGCGCAGGCAGUUGUGCUACGCAGGCAUGGAGCAUGGGCUGUGUACUAGAGGUUUUGGAGAAACUACAAUCGCUGGAACGUUCACUUGGUGAUCACGGAAAUUGACCGAGGCCCAGACCACGAGCCAGGGUAAGCUGGGGGCCGCGCGGACACGUCGCUCAGUCCGGUGCGCAAGGACACACCACUCAGUCCUGUGCACGUGUCUACUGGGCACCCCACUUCGAUAGUCUGGAAGAGUUCCCUGUCGAGGUAGACCUGCGCCCGCUCAAACCCAAAGACCGUUUGCGCCGUGCAAUCCGCCUCUUUCUUGCCUUCUGGCUAGUGAGUUUUCUGUUCAUGACAGCCGCUUAUUAUGCGCUCUUCUUCUCGUAGCGUUAUCGUUGUUUAGACAAUUUAAUAAUUGAAACAGUAUAUAAUUAACAACUGAAAUAAUAUGUAAAUCUAAAAAUCUAUUUUUAAUAUUGUUAUAAUUGUUGCUUAAAAAAUUAAGCUUAAAAUAUUUAUUUUAUAAAUUUGUUUAAAUUAUAUUUUUGUAGGUAUAUAUUUUUAUAUUAAGUGUUGUAGAAGUCCAGACAAAUAUUUAGUACAAAGUAAUGUUUGAAAAUCUCUCCAAUAUUUAAAUGUAUAAUUUCCUAACGAUAAUAUGGUAUAUAAAAAUAUGAAUGCACAAUCAGGCAAUAAUUUUAAUUAUCUUCAUAUUCUUAAAAUUUGCAAAUUUAAUCUCUCCGGUAGAAGAUUAGUUCUAUGUUUAUUUUUAAGUAUUCUUAAGUUAGGUUAGGUCUUUAUUUUAGUGCCAACAUAUAGGAGAAAUAAUUAAGUCUUUAAUACUACUUAAUUUUACAUGUCAUAUAUUGUUAAAAGUAUUUAAAUAUGAAUUUAAACGUGGUUAUUUAAUUAUAUUUAACCGAAUGUCAAUACUGGCUGUUUUUUAGUGUUUUUAGUUUAUAAAAUGUUGUUGAUUUAUCUGUUAUUGUUUUGGUUUCUUUAUGUUGAAUUUUAGAAUCUGUUUAUUGAUAUUGGUUAGGAUAGCAAAUGUUGAAAGGAUCUCCUACAAAAAUGAUUAUGUUUUUUUAAUUAUUGUUGUCAUUGAACAUUAUAAUGUAAAAUGUAUAUUUUUAUAUCAGUGUUUUAUUGAAAUAUUUGAACUCAGUUAAAUUAAUUGAUUUAACUUAAUUGUGUAUUUCUACUUAUGAAUGUUUUUUUUAUUUUGAAGAGCUUGUUGCUUAGUAAUUCUGUAACAGUUAAUUUUUGUUCAACCUAUGUUAAUUUAAGCCAGAUUGUAAUAAUAUAAAUAUUCUUAUUAUAAAUUAUAUAAUAACAUAAAUAAUAAUACAAGAAACAUUUUUAAAGUAAGGUUCAUUUUUUUAAACAAAUUUAUUUUUAGGUUCUACUGGUUUUUUAAUUUUUCCUACAGGUUGCCUUGUUUAUUUAAGAAUUUUUUAUAUCUUAAAACUAAAUUUUUACAGAAGGAUAAUACUUUUAGUGAUUUAAAAAAGUGAUAAUUGUAUGUAGCAAGUCAGGACUGUAUGGUGGAUGAUCCAAAACUUCCCACCCGAAAGUCAAUCUUUUCUUGGAUCUAGAUAUCAGUGUGAAGAUUGCCAUUAUCAUGGAGGAGCAAAAUAUUACAUGGUAGGAGUUCUCACGGCCAUCUAAAAACUAUUUCUGAUAUUUACCUUAAUUCACUACAGUAUCUUCGUACACUUCACUAAGCUAACGGUGAAUGUCAAUAGCAAACAUGUUUCUUUCAGUCAAAAAAUAUAUAUCACUGAUUAAGUUUCACAGGUGGCGGCCAUUCAGUAAUAUUAAACAAGUUAAUUAUGCACAGGGAAACUCUUAGGUUGGAUACAGAGCUGCAACUGAUACAUGUGUUUGCAAGGAAUGCCGGCAGAUGACAUGCACUCUCAUUGCAAAAUCUUUUAUUAAAUAGGUAAAAGUAUCAAUAAAUUAAUCUUUUGAUUAAAAAUACUUAACAGUAUUUUUCUAUAUGAAGCAGCCGUUGGAUUAUAUACUAAAUUAGAAUAUAUGAGUUCCAGUAGUACAAGAUAACGUGGGCUACAGUAUCUCAUAUAAAUAAAAUGGAUUAUAGAGAAAUACUAAAAUAAAUUGUUUUCAACAUUGUAAUCUGAGAUUCAUGGCAGAAAGGCAUCAUAUACUAAAACAAGUGACCGAGAUUGGAUAAAAUAGUGUGUGAAAUAUUGGACACUCAAUUUUAAUUAACACAUUAAAGAAGUUUUUCGUUUUUUUCAUUGAAAAUUUAUAGAAGGAUAAUGUGUGCAAGUUUUGAAAGUGUUGUUAUCAACGAUUUAAACUUUAUUAUCUUUUAUCAGUCAUAUACCCACUCUUUGAAUAUUUAAAUCCACCUCUGAUAUCAGAGUGAUAAUUAAAGAUUUAUCUAAAAGGGCAUUUCUUUCAUGAAAUAAUAUACUUUACUAUACUUUUGAACGAAAUUUGUAAUAUUAUUCCCGGGUUCCUAAUUGGGUUAAUCCGUAGAUUCUUUAAUAAGAAUUUCUGCUACUUUUUCAACCAGUGUAGUUUGUUAAAAAAGUUGAUUUAUUAUCAACCAUACAAUAAUACUGCUGUAUGUAAACAGGGUGUCUCAAACAGGAAAAUUUCAGGAAUGGAUUCCUCUUAUGAGAAAAAAGAUGACAACAUGGGUCUCAAAAUGCAUAUUUAUUGUUAUUCGACUUUUUAAUGCAGAGUUAACUGUACAUCUGGUAUGGCAGCUAGCUCUUGUAUUAGAAAUGUUCAUGGUGAUUGCCUCCUGUCUAAAUGUAGGCUUCUGCUUGUCGUCUCAUUGGGUUGUGAAGAAUCAAUCUUCCAAUUCUUUCAUCGAGGAAUCUGUUCCUUGAAUUUCGCUGUUGAGUUUCAAAUCACCCUCUAUAUGUCAUGUUGUAUUUGUUUUUCCUUUAAUUCUUUCGUAUUAAUUUUCAGGUUUCUAUACUAAACAAAUUAUACAAAGACCUCAAAAUACCAGACUUGUUAAUCCAUAUUCCUUGUGGAAAUUGUAUGGAUACAAAUUUAAUGGACAAACCCCUUAGUGUAAUUAAUGUUAGUUCAUUAAUUAUCUGAAUUAUAAAUGGAUUUAAUAGAGAAAACUUCAAAAAUCUAUAGGGUUUGGUUUCAUGGAUUCAGAUCAACUGAAGGUUUUACUAUAAAUGAUACGCACAACUUUGUUUGCCUACACUGUCAAUAUUAACAAUGUUGAUGCACAGUAUUACAACUUUAAUUUCAAGCAAUAUUUAACUAGGAAGUAAAUAGUUUUAUUGUAUCUUGUGAUAUAAAACGUUAAAAUCGUCUUUAGAAAAAAUAUAUAAAUGUGUUGAAAGUGAUUAUUGUUUUCAAUAAAAAGAUUUGUUUUAUAGUA